CCUGAGGGCGGGGACGCGUCUACGUGGUCGGUCAUUGCCGGGUCUUGUAGCACGAGGAACGGAGCGCGAGCGGCUAGGCAACCGCGGUGAUUUUAGCUGUGCUGGACUGGACUGGGGGCUCCCCCAUUUCACCCGUUGGUGGUCCGAGACCAGGGGUUUGAGAAAGCCGAGUGGGGUCAAGGAUUUACCGCAGAGCCGAUAGCAGGAGCGGCUUCCCAGUAACUCCCGCUCAGCUAUGUCGCCAGCUCCGGCUGCAGCGGCGGCCCCUGCGGCCGUCUCCCUGCUGGACCUCAGCGCGGACGCUCCGCUUCUCCGAGGCGUGAGCCUGGUGAGCCACGCUGCGGGGGAGGCUCUGCCUACUUCCUGUCCAGGUUCAGGGGAGACAGCAAGCCCAGAAAGAAAAUUACCCCAGGGUCCUCUGGAUGUGUCAGAGAAGUUGGCUUGUUUGACCUGUAACCAGACCUUCUGGAGCCAUCAGGAACAGAGGGAACAUUAUAAGCUUGAUUGGCAUCGGUUUAAUCUAAAGCAACGUCUCAAGAACAAGCCUCUCCUGUCUGCCCUGGACUUCGAGACGCAGAGUUCCACAGGAGAUCUUUCCAGCAUCUCGGGCUCGGAAGAUUCGGACUCAGCCAGCGAGGAGGACUUACAGGCGCCAGAUGAGGAGAGGGCUGACUCGGAGAAGCCUAACCGGCCCCCAGGCUUCUGCUCCCAUCGGGUUCUUUUCCAGAAUGCCCAGGGCCAGUUUCUCUAUGCCUACCGCUGUGUCCUAGGCCCUCGCCAGGCGGCCCCGGAAGAGGCAGAACUUCUGCUCAGAAACCUGCAGAGUGGGGGCCCCAGAUACUGCGUGGUCCUCAUGGCUGCAGCAGGGCAUUUUGCGGGAGCCAUUUUUCAAGGAGGAGAAGUGGUGACACACAAAACCUUUCACCGCUACACAGUGCGGGCCAAGCGAGGCACAGCCCAGGGCCUUCGGGAUGCCCGGGGUGGGGCACCACACUCCGCUGGAGCCACCCUGAGGCGCUACAAUGAAGCCACACUGUGUAAGGACGUUCGUGACCUGCUGGCAGGGCCAGACUGGGCUAAGGCACUGGGGGAGGCUGGCACAAUACUGCUGUGUGCCCCUCGCUCUGGCCGGUCCUUGUUCUUUGGAGGCCAUGGGGCUCCCUUGCAAAGGGGGGAUCCCCGACUUUGGGACAUCCCCCUCGCCACCCGCAGACCCACCUUCCGAGAGCUACAGCGUGUGUUCCAAAAACUGACCACCUUGCAUGUCCACGGAGAAGACCCUCGGGAGACGGUCAGGUUGCCCCCAACUCCAACACAGUGGAAGACAGCAAGGGCCGAGAGAAAGGAGGCUACUGAGAAAGAACGAAGAAAGGUCCCCAGGGAUGAAAACGAAGCACUUGGACAGAAUGGAGAGUCUCCCAAACAGGGUUCAGGGUCGGAGGAAGAGGAUGGCUCCCAGGUAGAGCUGCAAUUAGUGGAGCUGACACUGGGGACCUUGGAUCUUCGUGAGUUUGAGGUGUUGCCCAAGCGGAGGAGGAGAAAAAGGAAUAAGGAGAGAAGUCGAGACCAGGAGGCUCUUCUCCAGGAACCUCAAGAGGAUGGGCUCUUGCAGUCAGCCUCCCAGGAGCCUUCGCCGGAUGAAGCCAAGGCCCCUGGUCAGCCAGACCUCUGGGCCGGGCUUCUGGCUGCCUGCCGGGCAGGAGAUGUUGGACUGCUGACGCUGCAGUUAGCUGCCGGCCCUGCAGACCCUGCAGUUAGCUCUCUGCUCAGUGCCCCCUUGGGCCCCGGAGGGUCUACUCUUCUGCAUGCGGCAGCUGCUGCUGGCAGAGGCGCGGUGGUUCGUCUGCUGCUGGAGGCAGGUGCUGACCCCUCUGUGCAGGAUUCGCAGGCCCGGCCGCCUUACGCUGUAGCUGCUGACAAAUCAACACGUAAUGAGUUCCGAAGGUUCAUGGAGAAGCAUCCGGACGCCUGUGACUACCACAAGGCCCAGGUGCCAGGGCCGCUGACUGCGGAGAUGGAGGCCCGGCGGGCUACCCGCAAGAGGGAGCAGAAGGCAGCCCGGCGGCAACGGGAGGACCAGCGGCGGCAGCGGCAGGCGGAGGAGCAGAGGGAGCGGGAAGAGCAGCUGCGCUUCGCCGCCCUUAGCGACCGAGAGAAGAGAGCUCUGGCUGCAGAGCGCCGACUCGCUGCGCAGUUGGGAGCCCCUAGCCCUGCGACUCCUGACCCUGCGGUUGUCAACGCCCGACGCUGUUGGAGCUGUGGGGCAUCCCUCCAAGGCCUCGUUCCCUUUCACUACCUCGACUUCUCUUUCUGCUCCACACGUUGCCUCCAGGAUCAUCGCGGUCGGGCAGGGAAGCCCUCUUCCUGAU